AAAACAUUUAAAUGGCAACCAAAACCUUCCGCAAAGAGGAGAUCCGACGUGCCGUCUACGGCACUUGCUUGGUGGAUGCGCCCGUGGGCGGGUGCAGGGUGGAGGCCGCGCCCAUCCGGGUGACGGUCAGCGUCCGCCGGCGCCGCGGGUGCUGGGGGAGACUGGCCGGAGCCUGGAAGGAGGCGGCCGCGUUUUCCUUCGUCGACAGGCCGCGGGCCCCCUUCUUAUCCAACGCCUUCCUGGACCUGGAGCACGUCUUCCGGUACAGCAGCGAGGCGGACGCGGGCGCGGCGCAAGUUAAGAUCUGUCUGACGCUCCUUAGCGGCAAGACGCGCGUGGCCAAAGUGGGCCUGGAAGACUUCCUGGGCCAGCUGAUGCACAGCGGCCGCCCAGAGUGCUUCACCCUGUACGUCUACGAGGGGAAGGUCGCCCUGCUGCAGACCCGCCAGCCAUCUCCGGAGGUUCUGACGGAGUGGCUGUUUGACGGGAAGGGAAAUGACGCCCACAAAGGGUCAACUUACAAGGACCGUGCCUGCUGUGACCCCGAGGUCACUGAGAUAGACCAGUGCCAAGACAAGAUGGACACCAGUGACUCAGAUGUGAGUGCAUGGGAAACUCCUGAAGAAGACUCAGAUGUGAGUGCAUGGGAAACUCCUGAAGAAGACUCAGAUGUGAGUGCAUGGGAAACUCCUGAAGAAGACUCAGAUGUGAGUGCAUGGGAAACUCCUGAAGAAGACUCAGAUGUGAGUGCAUGGGAAACUCCCGAAGAAGACUCAGAUGUGAGUGCAUCGGAAACUCCCGAAGAAGACUCAGAUGAGAGUGUAGAUGACUCAGGCGAGGAGAGUGGACUUGACACUGCUGAAGACACAGAUAGGGAGAGUGGAUGGGAGUCUGAGGACGGAGACUCCGAGGAGGAGAGUGAACGGGAGACUCCCGGAGACUCGGAUGAGAGUGGAUGGGAGACUCUUGAAGAAGACGCAGAGGAGGAGGCUGGGCGGGGGACUGCUGGAGGCACCGAGGAGCGUGGCGGCGGCCGCGGCUUCCUGGCGAGGCGGGGGGCGGCGUGGCGGCACAACCGCCUCGCCCUGCUCCUGGCCGCCGCUACGGUCUUGGUCUCGCGGGUGCCACUCGCUGACCCUGACGAGUGGCGGCGGGGCGGCGGCGGCGGGGGGCUGUGAGGGGCGUGAGGCGUAAGGAGAGAGCCCCAAGAUUGUGUUACUGUUGCAUUUCUCAU